CUGAGACGACUGGCCACCAUGCACGGCCCCUGCAGUCCGCUGUUCCUGCUGCUGCUGGCAGCCACUGGGGGCCCCGCCGGCGCCCUCACUGAUGAUGAGAAGCGCAUGAUGGUGGAGCUUCACAACCUCUACCGGACCCAGGUGGCUCCCCCUGCCGCGGACAUGCUGCAGAUGAGGUGGGACGAGGAGCUGGCCGCCUUCGCCAAGGCCUACGCGCGCCAGUGCGUGUGGGGCCACAACAAGGAGCGCGGGCGGCGCGGCGAGAACCUGUUCGCCAUCACGGAGGAGGGCUUGGACGUGCCGCUGGCCAUAGAGGAGUGGCACCACGAGCGCGAGCACUACAACCUCAGCACCGCCACCUGCGACCAGGGCCAGAUGUGCGGCCACUACACGCAGGUGGUCUGGGCCAAGACAGAGAGGAUUGGCUGUGGCUCCCACUUCUGUGAGAAGCUCCAGGGUGUUGAGGAGAUCAAUAUCCAACUGCUGGUUUGCAACUAUGAGCCCCCGGGGAACGUGAAGGGAAAGAGACCCUACCAGGAAGGGACUCCGUGCUCCCUGUGUCCCUCCGGCCACCGCUGCGAGAAGUCCCUCUGUGAACCCGUCAGAGGCCCGGAAGAGGCUCAGGAUUUGCCCUACCUGCUAACUGAGGCCCCAUCUUCCCUGGCAACUGAGGCUUCAGGCUCUAGGAAAAGCAGUAGCCCUUCCUCCCUGGCAACGGAAACUCCAUCCUCCUUGGUAACAGAGGUCUCAGGCCCUCUGGCAACCACGGCUCUACCUGCUGUAGAAACCGAGGCCCCAUCUUCCUUAGCAACGGAAGAUUCCCCCUCCAUGGCAACAGAGGCUCCACCUUCCUUAACAACUGAGGUCCCUUCCUUUUUGGCAACUCACAGCCUGUUCUCCCUGGAUGAGGGGCCAGCUACCUUCUCCAAAUCAACCCAUGAUCUCAUCUCCAAAUUGGCAGACAAAGAGGCCAGCAGGACAAGCGUGCCCUCCAAGAGUCCAGAGAGUUCUCUGCACCCCAAGAUAUUCUUGACAGGGACACGGGAGCCGCUACCCCACUCCCAGAAGGCGGGCAAGGCUGAGGCCGAGUUGUCUCCUUCCAGUGAGGUCUCAGCCUCAGUUUUACCAGGCCAGGACCAGACAGGUGAGCUGCCGGCCACACUGGACCACAUGGGGCACACCUCCUCCAAGUCCCUGUCCAACUCCCCCAAUACCUCUGCCACCGCUAAGGCUGUGGGCGGGCGGACCCUGGCUCUGCAGUCAUCUUUAGCAGGUGCAGAGGGCCCUGAAAAGCCUAGCGUCAAGUCAGGGCUAAACUCGGGCCCCGGUCACAUCCGGGGCCCCCUUCUGGGACUGCUGCUGCUGCCUCCCCUGGUGCUGGCUGGAAUCUUCUGAAGGGGCCGCCACUCAAAGGCAAGGCCUGGUGGGGAGACCCUGGCCUCAUGCCCACUCUGGAUUGCCUUUCUCCGAGUAAGAGGCCACAGUUUCCUGGGCAGGUCCUGUUCUGUGGCCCCAGUAGCCCCCGGUGACCCCAGCUUCUGGCCAGACUGCAGGCCAGUGCCCUCGUGCCCUCAGGAGGCCUCUAUAAUGCCAACUGCUGGCACUGCCCCAGGCGUUCCUCUGCCUGGGCGGAGGUCCACCCCUCAGCUAGCUGCAGGUUGUUCUGAGCAGUGUUCCUGUGGCCACUUGGGCUCAUUCUCCAGUUGUCCUGUGGCUGUGGUUCUGCUCUUCCAGGGACAGAUCUCAGUGCUUCCCAGAAACCCCUUGACCCCUCCUAGUGCCCUGGCUUCUUCCUUAAGCCAUCUGAGUCUGACGCUCUUCCCGGGAGGACCUCCUGCCUUCCCAGGCUGAAGAGGUCCGCUGUCGUCCUGCCAUCUCCCCCACCCCCCCCCCCCACCCCCCAGACAAGAUGCCUCUUGGCCGAAGGCCCUCCGGACAGGAAAGGCUAGGAAAGGCUGCAGGAAAGGCUGCGGGCUGUGCCUCAUCCACAGAUGCCUUGGGGGCAUGAGGCCUGCUGCCUGGCCCAGACCCCUCCUGCCCCUCCCAUCUCAAUCCUGGGGCGGGGGGAUUCAGGGGAGAUCCCUGCCUACCAGGCUUGGGACCGUCUGCCUCGGCAGGUAGGGGGUUCUCCCGGAGUGCCCCCUCCCCCUACUUGCUGGUAUAGCUGGGGAGAGGGGUUGUGAGGAGCAGAUGAAGGACAAGCCCCACUUGAAUGGGGUUCUACACGGGGGGGGGGGGGGCAGGCAAGGACCAGGGAAGGGAAGCAGCCCCUGACUCCUGAAUAAAACCUGUAAGAGUACCGAGUCUCUGUGCUUAUGAGGGGUGGCGGGUGAAGAAGGGCUCUUUGAGAGGCCCUGAGGAGGCUCCCCUUCCAGCCCCAGCACCUGCUCCCGCUCCUACACACCUCCUCUCCCCACACACUCCACCUAGUCCUCUGGGGCACCUUUCUUUUCCUUCCUAUAAACUGCCCUCCCUCCCCAACUCAAAUCUUCAGGCAGCCAGCAGGAAGGAGGAAGGGCCAAGGGCUGACUCCCGCAUCAGGGAGUCACCCGUGGAGGCUUAGUUGGGUUUUACACCCAGAAUCAAGGAGUGGCAUACAGCCUCUUUUCAGGGUGCUGCUGCCCAGGCCCAUCUGGUACACCAGGCCAGAAGGCUUUGCCAGCCCUGGGUGCUUGAGGAAUCCUGAGAAAGGGUUCUGGAGUCCCAGACACACUCCCCCAGGGGAGCAUAGCAGGACUGUGCAGAGCGCUGCGGGGCAGGAAAGUGUGUGUGUGUGUGUGUGUGUGUGUGUGUGUGUGUGUGUGGCAGGAAAGUGUGUGUGUGUGUGUGUGUGUGUGUGUGUAGAUGGACCACGCCAAUUAUGAAGGGUGUUUAAGAGAGGUCAACUCUUUGGAAAAUAAGCCUUUAACUCUUACUUUAAUAGGCCCUGAUCUUCAUCAUAAAAAAUAUUAAAGGGGCGCCUGGGUGGCUCAGUUGGUUAAGCGAAUGCCUUCAAGCGCUGCAGGGCAGGAAAGUGUGUGUGUGUAUGUGUAUGUGUGUCAUAAUGUAUUAAGAUAUAACCUAAUGAUCUAAAUUAAGAUAGAACUCAUUUAAAGUGUACCACUCAAUGGUUUUUAGUAUAUUCAGAGUGGUGCAACCACGAGCACAGUCAAUUUUAGAACAUUCUCAACACCCCAAAAAGAAACUCCUUCCCCAUUAGCAGCCACUCUUCAUUCCCCUUCCACCCCAAGCCCUAAGCAACCACUAAUCUAUUGUCUCUAUGGAUUUGUCUAUUCUGACAUUUUGUAUA